UCCUGUUUACAGAUGACGUAACGACUGCAGUAAUAUGGUCCCGCCCCUUCACAUUGACGGCAAAAUGGCGACGGAGAACUGUGAACAUGGAACUGUGAACAUGGACACUGACAUGGAUAUGCUUAGUGACGAAGAAUUGGAGAGGGAAGCAGAGUGUUUCAAGGAGCAGGGCAAUGCCUUUUAUAUCAAAAAAGAUUAUGCAGAGGCCUUCAAUUAUUACACCAAGGCCAUAGACAUGUGUCCAAAGAACGCAAGUUACUAUGGGAAUCGGGCAGCCACGUUAAUGAUGCUGUGCCGAUACAGAGAGGCUUUAGAGGACUCCCAGCAGGCAGUCCGGCUGGACAACACAUUUAUGAAGGGACAUCUGCGAGAGGGAAAGUGUCACCUGUCCCUAGGUAAUGCUAUGGCUGCCGGGCGCUGUUUCCAGAAAGUGCUAGAGCUGGAGCCAGACAACAGCCAGGCUCAGCAGGAGGUGAAGAAUGCAGACUCUAUCCUGGAAUAUGAGAGAAUGGCAGAAAUCGGGUUUGAAAAGCGAGACUUCAGGAUGGUUGUCUUUUGCAUGGACCGUGCCUUGGAGACGGCAGCAGCCUGUCACAGGUUCAAGAUACUGAAAGCAGAAUGUUUAGCUCUGCUGGGACGAUAUCCAGAGGCUCAGUCUGUAGCCAGUGACAUUUUGCGGAUGGACCCCACAAAUGCCGACGCACUUUACGUGCGAGGCCUCUGUCUCUACUAUGAAGACUGUAUCGACAAGGCAGUCCAGUUCUUCGUCCAGGCCCUGCGGAUGGCUCCUGACCACGACAAGGCUCGGCUAGCAUGUAGAAAUGCCAAAGCACUUAAAGCAAAAAAAGAGGAAGGGAACAAGGCUUUUAAGGAUGGGAACUUUGAGGCAGCCUACGAGCUCUACUCUGAGGCCUUGACAAUAGACCCCAACAACAUCAAGACUAAUGCUAAGCUGUACUGUAACAGGGCCACUGUAGGCUCUAAGCUGAAGAAACUAGAACAGGCCAUUGAAGACUGCACCAAGGCCAUUCAGUUGGAUGAGACGUACAUAAAGGCUUAUUUACGGAGAGCACAGUGCUACAUGGACACAGAGCAGUACGAAGAAGCAGUGAGAGACUAUGAGAAAGUUUACCAGACAGAGAAGACAAAAGAACACAAGCACCUCUUAAAAAAUGCUCAGCUGGAGUUGAAGAAAAGCAAGCGGAAAGAUUACUACAAAGUGCUCGGCGUGGAGAAGAACGCCACAGAAGACGAGAUCAAGAAGGCUUACCGCAAAAGGGCGCUUUUACAUCAUCCAGAUCGCCACAGUAGUGCAAGUGCUGAGGUGCAGAAAGAAGAGGAGAAGAAGUUCAAAGAGGUGGGCGAGGCCUUCAGCGUGCUCUCAGACCCAAAGAAGAAAUCCCGCUACGACAGCGGUCAGGAUCUGGAGGACGACGGCAUGAACAUGGGAGAUUUUGAUGCCAACAACAUUUUCAAGGCCUUCUUUGGAGGACCAGGUGGUUUUAGUUUUGAAGCAUCCGGACCAGGAAAUUUCUUCUUCCAGUUUGGUUAAAUGCAGGAUUCACCUUCACCAAGUUACUUCAGCAGCGUCAACCUCCCCCAGUCCCCCGACCCACCAUCCGUAUUUAAUGACUGGCCACAAAGCCAGAUUCUUUUCUAUGCCAUAGACUGAACGAAUGCAACCCAAUGUUGACCACAUGCAGCAUACAAUGAAAUCCCCCCACUGCUGGAACGCUGGGUUAGCCGAGACUGCGUUGAUAGUGUUACUGGUUUUGGAUUUGGUUUUGUUCCGUACAGAAAAAAACAGAAAUACUUGAAGGUCAGUAAUGGCUAACAACACUGGUCCAACUCAGAAAUCGUGCAGCUAUUGUUACAGAGCUUGUAGGGAUCCAUGCAGGAAGUGAUGCCCCGGGGCAAACUCUCAAGAUGCUUUUGGCAAAAAAAUAUUAUCCGGCUGGUUUCAACCCACUGCUGUUGUGGCUCCGCCCCCUUGUUAAGAAUCAGUUUGGCUGCUGUGAAGUCGCACUGAAAACUGCCUCCUUCUCACACGCCAACACAUCACUUGAGCUUUUUUUAUUAUUAUUUGAAUUUAUUUUUUAAUUCACUAACGUUCGGGCUGAGUCCUACAUGUACAGUACAGAUGAAAUACUCAUUGGAAACUAGUGGUGGAGGCAGCUGCUCUGGCUUUGUUGCCAGCAAAAGUCCCUUUGUUCUCGUUGUCACAGGUUUGAUGUCACCACAGAAUCACCGAUUGCUGCAGUGUACAUUUUACUGGAAUGUAAAGUGUUGAUUUGUGAUAAUAGUUGAUAUUUGUUUUUUGUUUUUUUUUUAAUUUUGAUAUAUAUAUUUAUUGUAAAUUUGCUGUCGGAUAGAAGAACGGGCUGUAAGAUCAGGACACUUUUUUGUGAUCUUCAGGUUUUCUCUGAGCACAACGAUAGGAAGAUGGUCUGUUUAAAACGUGGCGCAAACAAAGAUAAUGUCCUUAUGGCUCGUGACCAUGAGUCAAACUGGUCAAAGUAACGGAUAAACACAGGAAAUUAAAAACAAAAAAAAAUUAAGUGAUUACAGUCAUCGAUUUCUUUUAAUCAAGCCAUUUUUCUCCUCUUGCACUCAGAAUAAGGAAAGCAUCGAUCUCUUUAUUCACACUACGUUUGCCCUUAGUGAAAACAUCCUUUCUUAAACCUCGAAAACUUACAGCCGUGUGUAAAUAAAGCUGGCCUCCUAAAUUUCAGCUUACCGUCUCAAUUUGUUUUGGUCAAUACUGCAACAAAAACAUCUUUUGAUUGUUGAAAUAAUGCAAGGUAAUAAAGAAUGUAUCCCUCA